GAGUCUGCUAUGUGCCUGAGGUCUUGGCUGUGCUGUCCAACUUACUGUGCAGAAGAGGAACCAUCCCGGGCCUUGCCAUGGACCUCAGAGGAAGACCGAAAUGCUACUCACUUCACCUUGGAAUCCUUCCCUUCAUUGUGCUUGUCUUAGUCUUCUUUGGCUAUGGAUUCCUGAGCCACAAAAUCCAGGAAUUCAGGAACCCAGGAGGUGAGACUUGCAUGGCUACCAGGCAGACGGAUGUCCAGAAAGUUGUAAGUGUGCCAAGGAUGGCCUAUCCACAGCCAAACGUGCUAACACCCAUUAGGAAUGAUGUUCUUGUCUUCACUCCUUGGCUGGCUCCCAUCAUCUGGGAGGGGACCUUCAACAUCGACAUACUGAAUGAGCAGUUCAAGCUUCAGAAUACCACAAUUGGACUGACUGUGUUUGCCAUCAAAAAGUAUGUGGUGUUCCUGAAACUCUUCCUGGAGACGGCAGAGCAGCACUUCAUGGUGGGACACAAGGUCAUCUAUUAUGUAUUCACUGACCGGCCAUCUGAUGUGCCACAGGUGCCCCUGGGCGCAGGGCGGAAGCUGGUGGUGCUAACUGUGCGCAACUACACCCGCUGGCAGGACGUGUCCAUGCACAGGAUGGAGAUGAUCAGCCACUUCUCAGAGCAGCGCUUUCAGCAUGAGGUGGACUAUCUGGUGUGUGGAGAUGUGGACAUGAAGUUCAGUGACCACGUGGGUGUGGAGAUUCUCUCAGCGCUCUUUGGCACCCUGCAUCCUGGCUUCUACCGUAGCCGACGAGAGUCCUUUACCUAUGAGCGCCGGCCAAAGUCUCAGGCCUACAUCCCCAGGGAUGAGGGUGACUUUUACUAUGCAGGGGGUUUCUUUGGGGGAUCAGUGGUGGAGGUGCACCAUCUCACCAAGGCCUGCCACCAGGCUAUGGUAGAGGACCAGGCCAAUGGUAUUGAGGCUGUGUGGCAUGACGAGAGCCAUUUGAACAAGUACCUGCUAUACCAUAAGCCUACAAAGGUGCUGUCCCCAGAGUAUGUGUGGGACCAGAAGCUGCUGGGCUGGCCCUCCAUCAUGAAGAAGCUGAGAUAUGUGGCCGUGCCCAAGAACCAUCAGGCGAUCAGGAACUGAUAGCUGAAUCCCUGUUGGAGAGGCCCUACCUGUAGCCAGUCUGUGGAAGGAUUUGAGAGACAUUGCUUACUGUCACCCUCUAUUUCACCUCAGAGUCCAGCAGAGCCCAGAACCACUUGGCUUACCACAUAUUGAGUCCCUAGUGUGUCAACCACCUUCAUCUCCCAUGUAUCUCCUUGUAUUUAAUGAGCUGGUAGAGCCUUCAAAACAUGGGAGAAACUGUCAUGCAGUUACCUGGUGGCCCUUGCAUCCUCAGUUUGGGUUGUUCCUUCCUCUUCUGUGAGGAUUGACAGAGGGCUAGUGCCCAUAGCAACAGACAGGAAGGCAGAGAGAGUCAUCCUAAAGGCACCAGAUAUUCUUAUGUUCAGCUCUGAUGGGGCCAAGCAGCACCUUGUGCCCAGUGCCUCUCCUCAUGUUAGGCUUAUCUGUUAAUGGCUAGUUAUUCUUUCCUUGGAAUAAAUGUAUCUCUACAUGA